AUGGCUUUGGUGCUGAAGAGCCACGGUCAUCGGAGUUCCGUCCGGCGGCGUACGGACCAUGCCAUCUGCCAAGCAGAAGGCGGAGUCACAAGUGAGGAGAAUGAUGAAGCAGCGAAAAACGCUGUUGUAGAGGCACAUCCAGGUUUCGUGAAGUCGCUCAGCCCGCUGCCGCUGGAGCAGAACACCGUACACCUGGUGAGCCGGAUGGGCUUCGCAGAGUUCCUGCCCGGGGCUGCCGUCCACAUAGUAGCCGCCCUCGUCGGGCUUGUACCCCUCUCUGUAGGCUAUUCGGUGGCAAAGCUGUGGAGCCUUGGGGGCUGGCGGCUGGCGGAUUCCCCAAGCUUCAAGGCUGGAUGCUUUGGCUUCAUCUACGCGAACGGCAUCUUUCCAAGUGUGUUCUGCGACUAUGGCAACGACAACUUCGGACCGCUCCCGGCAAGUGAGGCAGACCAGCAAGCGAUGCUAAGGUCCACUCCGAUCAUCGUCGCCAAUCACGUGAGCUACCUCGAUGUUAUGGUGCUUCCUCUCGCCUUGCAGAUGCCGAAGUUCAUGUCGAAGGCCGGUGUGCGGAAUGCGCCUCUGUUCGGCACACUGGGAGAUGACCUGGAAUACAUCUGGGUGGAUCGUGGAUCGAAGGACGCACGAGGUGCUGCGUUGGGAGCCAUCCAUGAGCAUGUCGCAGGCUGGAAAGAUGGAGAUCGACCUCUAUUGAUCUUUCCGGAGGGAACCACUUCCAAUGGCGCAUCGCUCCUGGAAUUCAAACAAGGUGCCUUCGUUUCGGGUGCUCCCGUGCGGCCUGUGCUCUUGAAGCACACGGGUUCCUGGAAUCCUGCCUGCACGGAUUACCUGAUGACCGACGAUGGCCAACGUUCCUUGUACUCUGACGGCGAAUGGGCAAUGAACUUCUGGGCGCACCUCUUGCACAGCUGUACCGUCUUCGUUUGCGAGCCAUAUUAUCCAUCUGCUGAAGAGAAGGUUUCUUGGAACCGACAUAGCAGAGACGCCAUGCCUCCUGGUCCUGUAUGA